GUCUAUGCUAUGAUAAAAGUUUUACUAUAAGUGUAUAUUAGAAAAGACACGCCUAUAGCGUAGUAACAUUGUGCUAUCACCUCAAGACAGUCAAGGUUGCAGUCAAUAAAAUAUAAUUUGAGUAGAUGUUGCUUCAUACGAAAUCCGACUGAGCUGAAAACCGGCGUUGACAGCAACUGUCUGAUUUACUCGAUUUAAUUUGUAUUUACCUUGAACUUAAAAAUACGCUUAUGAAGGAACAGGAUAUACCGGAGUAUCUAGAGGGCUGCGGCUUACCUACUGCCGCCUCUGCAAGCGAUAACAUGCCCGAAGUUUGUGAACUUCUCAAGGACACUCAACCUUUUGCUGCCACUAAUACUUCACAGGAUAAAGAUAUGAAAGAUAAAAAGCUCUCGAGCACUUUGAUUUCUGGUGAUACAAAAAAAACUGUAACUGUGAAACAUCCAGAAUCAAACAAACCCAAACCUACAAUAAAAAAAGGUAAACCAAUUCAAGCUGAUCUAGAUGUUGCCAAAGAAUUUAUUAGAUGUAGAGAUGAAGGUUUUAAACGGUUAGAUCUCAGUAAAUCAAGCAUUACAAACUUACCAAACAGUGUAAAGGAUUUGACGCAUAUUGUAGAAUUUUAUCUUUACGGUAAUAAAUUAGUAACUCUUCCUCCAGAAAUUGGACAUUUAACAAAUUUGAAAACUUUAGCUCUCAGUGAAAAUUCACUUACCAGUUUGCCAGACACUUUAGAAAAUCUAAAACAACUCAGAGUUCUUGACUUAAGGCAUAAUAAGCUCAAUGAAAUCCCAGAUGUAGUAUAUAAACUUACAUCUUUGACUACAUUAUUUUUACGAUUUAACAGAGUUAAAUAUGUUAAUGAAAAUAUUUGUAACUUGACAAACUUGACAAUGUUAAGUUUGAGAGAAAAUAAAAUUAAAGAACUUCCAGCUGGUAUUGGAAAACUUACCAAUCUUGUCACGUUUGAUGUAUCACAUAAUCAUUUGGAGCAUUUACCAAAAGAAAUAGGUAAUUGUAUUCAGUUGUCUACACUUGAUCUGCAACAUAAUGAGCUAAUAGAUAUUCCUGACGCAAUAGGCAAUCUUAUUGCUGUUACAAGAUUAGGUUUACGAUACAAUCGGUUAACUACUAUUCCUAAGUCUUUAGCGAAUUGCAAACUGAUGGAUGAGUUUAGUGUUGAAGGAAAUCAAGUUUGUCAGCUACCAGAUGGUUUACUGUCCAACUUAUCAAACUUAAAAACAAUUACAUUGUCCAGAAAUGCAUUCAUGGCUUAUCCCUCAGGUGGACCUUCACAAUUCACAAAUGUUCAUUCUAUCAAUCUUGAACAUAAUAAAAUAGAUAAAAUACCUUAUGGAAUAUUUUCAAGGGCCAAAAAUUUAACAAAAUUGAACAUGAAAGAAAAUCUUUUGACAGCUUUGCCAUUAGACACAGGCACCUGGAUAAAUAUGGUUGAAUUAAAUCUUGGUACCAAUCAAUUAACUAAAAUUCCUGAUGACAUACAGCAUCUUCAAAACUUAGAAAUUCUUAUUUUAUCUAAUAAUCUAUUAAAACGCAUUCCUUCAAGUAUAGCUAAUCUUAGUAAACUUAGAGUUCUCGAUCUUGAAGAAAAUAAAAUUGAAUCAUUACCAAAUGAAAUUGGCUUUCUAAGAGACUUACAGAAACUAAUAUUACAAUCAAACCAGAUCACUUCAUUACCUCGGGCCAUAGGCCAUUUGACAAAUUUAACAUACCUCAGUGUUGGGGAAAAUAAUUUAAACUACUUACCAGAAGAAAUUGGAACUUUGGAAAACUUAGAUUCUCUCUACAUCAAUGACAAUGCAAAUUUGCAUAAUUUACCUUUUGAACUUGCACUUUGCACAAAUCUUAGCAUUAUGUCUAUUGAAAAUUGUCCUUUAUCACAAAUACCUUCAGAAAUCGUUGUAGGUGGACCUUCUCUUGUUAUUCAAUAUCUUAAAAUGCAAGGUCCUUAUAGAUCAAUGUAACAGAAUGUUAACUUUAAGGAUGUUGAAUACUAACAUUAAAAUUCUAUAAUGAUUAGACAACUUUUCAAAAAAUUUACCAAUUUAUAAGAAUACAAAUCAAUCAUUAACAAAAAUUUCAAUCAAAGAUUGUUUUAUUUUCUUAAUUUAUUUAUAUCAAUUGUUUCAAAACUACAAAUUGAUGAUUAAUGUUCCUAAAUCUUUUGGUAUAACUUGAUUAAUUUAUAAUUUUUUUAUAAUUUUUAUAUUUUAAUAAAUAUUUCUAUUAUAAGAAUUGUAAUAACCAUAGAUCUCUCAUUUGAAUACAAAGAUAAAAUAUUGAUUGUGCUCAUACUUUUACUCAUAGUUCAGAAAAAUAUUUUUUACAACAUUGUUUAUGAUAAUUGAUACUUGCUGUAGAAAUUGCUGCAAAAAUUAUCUUUAAAGACUUUGCAUUAUUUGCAUUUAUUACUUUUAUAAUUCUUUUUAUUAUAAAUGACCCACAAAAUUAUAAGUGAAUAUAAAUAAAUCAUAAACUAAUUAAUUAGUUAAUAUUUUGUAUUUAAUUCAUUAGACAAUUGUGUAAGGCGAAAAAAAUAUUUAUUAACAUUUAUGUACAUAACUAUCACUGUAAUACAAAAUAAAGAUGUGUCAAUUAUUAAACAGUUUUUAGUGAAGUUAACAAAAAUGAUUGUUGCUCAGGGUAUUUAAUUAAUUAUAGGAUAUUUAUUCUACUCAUUACUAAUUCUACUCAUAGCUUCUAUUCUAAAUUUUAAGGCUCAUUUGUCAAUUCCUGGAUUGCUUUGAAUGCUCCUGGAUGAAAAAAAUUGAGAAUUUUUAAAAAUUUACUCAAAAAGAGAAAACAAUUAUUAAACAUAGUAAAACUGAAUUCAUGCCACUUUCAGACCACUAUUAUGAAAAUAAUUAUAAUAGUUUAAAAGAAAAUAUGUUUCAAAACCAGAUGUCUGCAUGAAUCUAUCAUCAUACUACUUAUAAUUAUAAUAUGAUCAAUUUAUGUUAAUAUUAGUAAAAUGUUGAGAAAAUAUAUGAAUCAUAAGUAAAAAAUAAAUAAAUAAGUGUCAAGUUUUAAGGAGAGCUUUCUGAACUUUACUAUUUAGUUAUAAUAUAAAAAAAUAUUACAAAGAAAACUUUUUAGUUGAAUGUGUUAUACUUCAUGUGUUUAGAAUAGAUCUCAAAAAGUAAAAUGUGAUUAUAUUCUAGUUCAUGUAUCAGGUUUUAUGCUUGUUGAUAAACUCAUAAAAUUGAAAUAUUCUUACAUAAUUUUUAAAUUGUAAAAAAACAAAUUGUAAAAAAUAGAAAAAAAAUUUGUGAUAAUUGAUCUCUUUUAUGAGGCAAAGAUUUUAGCAAAGUUGAAAUGUAUGUUACAAAAUUUAUUCACACAUGUACAUAAAAUGCACAACAAUUUUUUAUAAAUUUGACACAUGGAUU